AUGAUACUGGGAACUAACCCGGAGCGCAUCCGGGCAAUGGUGGCAUGUGCUGAAAGAUUAGGUGUGCGCCGCAGCUCCGGUAUGUUCAGGGAAGCGCUGAAGGCUGUCGCGUUCCUCAGUGAGGAGAAGAUCGCCGACAAAGUGGAUUAUUUGAAGAAUAUGUUCAAGUGGUCCGAUACUGAGGUGGCCAUUGCUGUGCGCAAGGCUCCAAUGUUGCUGACCAAGUCUAGAGAGAUGCUUAGGCGCAAGUCUGAGUUCCUGAUAUCUGAAGUUGGGUUGGAACCAGUGUAUAUUGCUCAUCAGCCAGUCAUGAUCUCUUAUAGCCUGGAGGGCCGGCUCAGGCCUCGAUACUAUGUUUUGAAGUUUCUCAAGGAAACUGGAUUGGUAGACCGCCACCGGGGCUUCUAUAAUGUGCUCACGAAGACCGAGAGGAAUUUCGUGGACAAGUACAUAUGCCCUCACAAGGAAGCUGCGCCACACCUCGCUCAAGACUAUGCAACCGCUUGCAAAGGGGAAGUGCCAACUAAUUUCAGAUUUACUUGA